AUGGCGGCCGAUGGAGGUGUGAUGAAAGGCUGGCUCAUGAAACGCAGUCAGCAGCUCCUUCAGUGGCGCUGGCGUUACGUGAGCCUCACCGGCUCCAAGCUUUGCACCUUCACCACGGAGAAGGAGGAUGUCCUCACCAAUGAGGUGGAGCUGCAAGGUGUGGAAGUGGAAGCCGCUGAUUUCUAUCUCGCAGCUCCACUGAAGUACGGCUUCAUGGUGGUCACACGCGACAAGACCUUGCGCUUCGCGGCCGAAACCCCCGAGCUGCGUGAGGAAUGGAUGCGGGCCAUUGCAGAACCUCCGGAGGCGGCCCCACCGGAGGCCGCCGCGCCGGCCGCGCUGGCCGAGCCGGCACCGGGCGGGUCGCCCGCACCGGCGGUGCCCAAGAAGGGCGUCAAGGGCCCUGGAAAGGGUCCCAAGGGCAAGAGCAAGGGCAAGGGUGGGCCGAAGGGCAAAGGACCAGGAAAAGGCCCGCCAGUGCCAUUGCUUGGGAAAGCCGCGCCGAAGAAGGCCUCCGUCUUGCCGCUGGGCCGAAGGCUUUCGGUCCGGAUGCUCACACCUGCGGAAGCUGCCAUGGAGGCAGCAGAGGAGACCCGAGAGGAGCCCUGUCCGGUGGAGGUAGAUUUGGAGGCGCUGCGGAAUGCCUUCGGGACCAGCAGCCGGUCCUCCUCAUCCAAGCAGACUCCGCGCCUUCCGGCGGAGCUGGGCCUGGAACUGCUGCCGCGCCGCGAGGCGCAGAACGUGGCCAUCGUCCUGAAGAAGCUUCGCCGCGACAUGGACUUGGACACUGAAGGACUGGCCACCUCCUUGGAUCAGCUCCACCCGGGCGACUGUGUGUUGCCGGCCGAAGAGUGCGAGCGAUUCAUCCAAGUGCUCCCGGCGCCUGAGCUCUUGCGGCCGUUGAAGGAGUAUUCGCAGGACAUCUCCAAGCUACGGGACAUCGAGCGCGAGCUGCUGCCCUUGGCGAAGCUCACACGGCUCCGCGAGCGCUUGCGGCUGCUGUGGCUCUUUAAGACCUUGGACAAGCGCUUGACGGACGCCAUGCAACAGAUGACUCUGGUGCAGAGCGCCUGCAACGACGUGCGCAGCUCUGAGGUUUUAAGGAGUUUGCUGCAGAUCAUCGAAGUGCUUUUCAACUACAUCAACUAUGGUCAAGCGCCGGGCGGGGAAGCAAAUCGUCGGCGGGUGGAUGUGCAAAGUCUCACCCACUUGGUGGAGACCCGCUCGGACCCAGAACGAGCGCCCUUCCCGAAGUUCCACAUGCUCCACUUUUGCAUCCAAGAUCUACUCAAGCAGCACCCGACCUUCACUUUGGCUCAAGCCGAAGAGGAGUUGAGGAACCUCGCGGGUGCGGCCUUUGUCAACUUGGCGCAUGAGAAGUUGGCGCUGGAAAACUUGCAGGAAGAUCUGAAGUUUGUCCAGACUGAGCUCUAUGGCCACCGCGAGGAGUACCGAAAGAAGGAGGAGGUGACGACGCCCACGUCUGAAGGGCCCCCGAAGGCGGUGACCUUCGACUUGGAGGAGAACGACACGGCGUCGGAGGACGAGAUGGGCCGUGAGACCUCCGAGGACUCCAUCCAGCGCGAGCGGUCGCCGCGGCGGAGCACGGUGGGGCAGCUGGUGUCGCAGGCCAUUGACACCUUCAGCUUUGCUGAAGACUGGUGGCACGGCAGCGCCAUUAUCGGUGUGAACGAGAAGGGAGGCCCCGAUGCCGUGCUGCCGCCGGACGGCGUGCCCCCACCCCCGGGGAUGCUGCAGCGCUGGCGGCCCUCAGGUCGCUGUAAGCCCUACUUGUGCGAAGUUCGUGGUGCCUUGUUGGUGCUUUACAGGGUGAAGACCUUCACGAGCAGUGCUUCGCUCCGAGGCACCUUCUACGUGGUGCUGCCGGGCGCCGAGCUGCAGCUCUUGGACUCGCUCUACGCCACCGACUUCGCGCGGCAGCUCGCACGCGAGCGGAACAGCAGCGGGCUGGAGCUUCAGACCACCGACGGCCGCACGGAGUACUUGUUGGCCAAGACCGCCAAGGAGACCACCCGGUGGAUGGACUUUUUGACCUCCCGCAGCCAACAAUGGGACGCCGGCUUCGUCUCGCACUACUUGGGCUGGGGCUUCAUCAGCUCCUGUUGGAGACGCCUUUUGUGCGUCCUCGACCGCCCCAAUCGGCGGCUUUUGGGCUUCUCCCAGGUGCGGAACUACGCUGAAGGCCUCAAACCCGACUACUGCUGGGAGCUUCCCUCCAAUGCCAACGUUUAUGCCUUUGAUGCAGAGAAGAGUUCAGCAGCGGCCAAAGGACUCUUGUCCGUGGCGCCCAGCGGCUUUGAAAUCGAGCUGUCGGAUGAGCAGCGUUUGCAGUUCUCUUGCGACUCAGUACAACAUCUACAUCGCUGGCUCGAGGAGCUGCGGAAGUGCUUGCAACCGCCGAUUCUCACCGACUUCCUCAGCGAGUCCAACGACCCGGUCAGGCCACGCAGGAUGACUGGCGCGAUGACGGGCACCGCUGCACCACUGAGGGAGGCGGAGCUCUUCGACUUAUUUGCCGAGCAGUCGCCGAGCAAGCCAAGCACCGCCAAGAACCUGUCCUUUUCAGUGGUUGAAGCGGGGCCCAGUUUACCCAGCACUCCCAGUGGGCACCGGCCGGAACAGCUGCGGAAGCGGUUGAUGCUCUCGGUGGGUGCCGUCGAAGGGGAGCCCGACACCCCGCGGGAGAAGUCCGUGGAACGCGCCAACUCCGAUGAUGAGGUGCCUCCAAGGGCGGCUUUGGUGGCCACCAGCAGCUUUUGCGCCCUAGGUGAUUUGACCAAGCCCGAGCAGGUGCCCGAUGCUUUGUCGCAGCUACACCAACUGGAGGUGGAGUUGCAGGGCGUGGUCGAGACCUGGUCGCGGACCUUGUUGGCCACCGAGGCCGAUGGCCGUGCCUUACUGCGGUCCUUUGGUCUCAAUGCGCAGCCGGAGACGCUGCACGACGCCUCACAGCAGCUCCUACAGGCCUUGAGCACGUUUCAGCAGCAGCUUCGCGUGGCUUGGGCAGAAGUGGAGCAACACCGUGCCGGACGUCCUUGUGCAAGUCCCCGCAAGCCACUGGGGCACGCUGUGCGGGCGGACGCCGAAGCCAAGCCGGAGGCCGCCGCCCUCGCGGAGCACGACGCGUCGUGCGGCGGAAGCGCUUCCGCCUCCAGCGAUGCCACCGUGAGCGACGCCGAGGAAUGCGCCAGCUUUGUGAGUGCCCAGGGCGACGGAACCAGCGAUGCGCACGCUGGUGAGGAGUGGAUCCAAGCGGAACUUGAGCCGCAGGCGAAGUCUGCCCCGUCUGCGCCAUCUCCAGCCGCCCCGAAGAAGGGUGGCAAGGGCCCGAAAGGUCCUGGACCCAAGGGCGAUGGCCGCGGUGCCGCCGUGCACAAGGGCAAAGGCGGCAAGGAAGCUGGUAAGGGGCCGAAGGGCCCGCCAGCAGCGAAAGGCAAAGGAAAGGGCCCCCCGCCUCCAGGUGGCAAAGGAGUACCCAAGCAGGCCUCCGCGUUGCCCUUAGGGCGCCGCUUAUCUGUGCGCAUGCUAACUCCGGGUGAAGCGGCUCUGGCUGAAGAGGAGGAACCUGGUGAGGUGGAAGUGGACUUAGAGGCCUUACGCCACACCUUCGGCCCGGCCGCGUCCUCGAAGCAGCCACCGAGCUCCAAUUCGCGCGUGACGCAAGAGCUGGGAGUGGAGCUUUUGCCACGAAGGGAAGCGCAGAAUGUGGCUAUUGUGCUGAAGAAGUUGCGUCGAGACACCUAUUUAGACACGGAAGGAUUAGCUGCCUCUUUGGAUCAGCUGAAGGCCGAUGACUGCCCGCUGCCUGCGGAGGAGUGCGAACGCUUCAUCCAGGUCUUGCCGGCGCCAGAGCUCUUGCGCCCGCUGGCGGAGUACAGCAAGGAUGUCUCCAAGCUACGGGACAUCGAGCGCGACUUGCUGCCCUUGGCGAAGCUCACGCGUCUCCGAGAGCGGCUGCAACUGCUGUGGCUCUUCAAGACCUUGGAGAAGCGGCUCUCGGAUGCCCUGCAGCCGAUGCGGAUCGUGCAGAGCGCCUGCGCGGAAGUUCGCAAGAGCUCAGUGCUGAGGAGCUUGCUGCAGAUCAUCGAAGUGCUUUUCAACUAUAUCAACUAUGGUCAAACCCCGGCCAAGGGCGAGGGGCGCUCGACACGGCGGAGGGUGGACGUGCAGAGCCUCACCCACUUAGUGGAGACCCGCUCGGACCCGGGCCGUGCGCCGUUCCCCAAGUUUCACAUGCUCCACUUUUGUAUCAAAGACCUGCUCAAGCAGCACCCCGAUUUUACCAUGGCCCAAGUGGAAGAGGAGUUGCGACACCUGUCGGAUGCCUCCGUGGUCAACCUGGCGCACGAGAAGUUGGCCCUAGGCCGCUUGCAGGAGGACUUGCAGUUCGUGAAAACAGAGCUGCACAGUCACAGGGAGGACUACCAGAAGGCGCGAGGUGAUCAGGAGCUCCCAGCCUCACUCCCGGAGCCAACGGAGCGGAUGCCAAGCAUCGAUGAGGUGCCGGAGAACUCCAGCCCUCCCGUGCCUCCGUCGCCGCCCCCGGAAGUGGCCCCCGAACCGGUGAUCGAGGAAGACCCCGGACUCGGCCCUUGGGUGCUGGUCGAUGACGUGAACGGCACGGAGCUUUUUGAGAUCUUUGCUGAUCCGUCUCCAAGCACCACUGGCCAACCUCAUCUCUCCUUCAGCGUAGAUGCAGCACCGGGCGACCAUGCACAAGCGCCGGAGUGUUUGAAGCUUUCGGUGGGAGGAGGCUCCACGAGUCGCUCGCGGCGUGAAGAGGUCGCCAGUGAGGAGGCCACGUGCAGCUCUGCGAACGCAGGCUGUGCAGAAAAGCAUGCUGUGAGAUCACCCGAGUGCCCCGUGGAGAAGGCGCCAAGCCUCGCUCCUAGCCUUUGCGGGCUUGGAGGCUUCUUUCGUGGCUUGACCAAGAAGGAAGAGAAGGUCCCGGACGCCUUGUCUCAGUUGGAGCGCUUGGAGGUGGAGAUGGACCGUGUGGUCGUGCAGUGGACGAAGACACUGGCCGCCACUGAGGCCGACUGCCGCGCGCUGCUGCGGUUCUUCAGGCUCGGUGGCACGACCGUGGACGCGGAGCUGCACGAAGCCUCUCAGCAGCUGCUGCAGGCGCUGAGCACCUUCCAACAACAGCUUCGUGUUGCUUGGACAGAAGUGGAACACCAUGAAAAGCCCAAGAGUAGCCCCCGCCGGAGAGAGAAGCUGGGGGAGGCGCCCGACACAGAGAGUGAGGAGACGGCCAGCGAGAGUGAGAAGUCAUUCGUGAAAUCGCUGAAACGCUUGGCGCCACGAGGGGAGCGUGUAGCUGGUCGUGGGCCACGGUGA